AAAAAAAAAAAAAAAAAAAAAAAUCGAAACCAAACAGAAACUCUCAACCCUUUUUUUAUAUUUUUUUUUUUCAUCAUUUAUUUUCCUUGUGGCAUAGUGUCAUCGAUAGCCCCAAUUUGUUUUAUUUUUUUGGAUUUUUCCUUUCUUUCUUUCAGUAGUAGUUUUUGUGGGAUAAAGGGUAUUUUUGUUAAAAGUACAAUAAUCUCCUCUUUUUUUGUUGCAUAGCUAUUAUCAAUAGAAUUCUUGCUUUUUUUUUUUUUCCCCUCUCCCCUUAUUUAUAUAUAUAUAAAAAAAGAGCCCCUAAUUUUUCACCCGGCAUAAACCCAAAUCAUAGGAAAAACCAAAAAAAAAAACCAGAAAAAAAAAAAAGUAAUGGAGGAAAGGCUGUUACCACCCUUUUUAAAACACGAUAAUGUAAAUACAAGUCGCUCAACUUCAAAUUCAACAGAAUAUAUCCCAAAGCAUAGACGACCACCAAGUCAAUCUCAGAAUAUAUAUCAUCAGCACCCACAGCCACACCAUCCUCAUCAGCGUCAUCAACCCGACAUGUUGUCGUUGGAUCUAAGCUCUUCACCUACAAGCACUCUCACAACAACAGCAACAACCAACAAAAAACCUCCACCCGCUAUUUACUAUAAAGAUAAGAAAUUUCCACCCACCAUUCGACGUACAGCAUCCUCCUCGUCCUUCUUCCUAUAUGGUGGACAGCACGCAAAAUGGUUCAAACUACUAGCUAUCCUUCUAGGCCUAUUAUUCAUAUUCGGCUAUUUGCCUCUCUAUCAUUUCGUUACAAAAGGAGGUGCCAGUGGGAAUGGUCAUAGUAAACAGCAACAUCGCUGGGAUAUACAACACGGAAAUCAGCAACAGCAACAAAACUUGUUUCAUACAGAAAGAGACAAGAUCAUUCUAUACCGUAUCAUAGGUAAUGACUUACCACCACGACAUAAAGAAGGCCAGACGCUAUCCAACCUACAAUUUAUUCUGGAUCAUGAACCUAACUUCCCCAACACACAGAAAAUAUUCCUACUCAACCGUAUCAUUGAUCCUGUUAACGAGGCUACCAUCAUUCGCUUGUUGGAUAGGUACAAUAUGGACUAUAUUCGUGUUCCUUUCGAUGAAGAGGAGUAUAGUAGAAUAGACUUUGAUCUGGAAAAGUUCCCUGAUGCCGAUUUCCUUCAUUCGGACGAUUACCGAAGAUUCUCAAAAGUUUCUAAACUAAGAGCUCUCGACUAUACCUAUCAUCUCAAAAAUCUGUAUGCUAUGAAUAAUAAUGGUGGACGUAACACAGCCAUCAGACAUGGACGUAGUUUGCCUUACGCUAAAUGGAUUAUGCCCUUCGAUGGCAAUUGUUAUUUAAGCAGAAAUGGAUUUAAAGAGAUCACAACUCAGUUGGAAAGAUAUGGUGACGACAUCAAGUAUUUUAUUGUACCCAUGACGAGACUUUUGAACAACUCUGUAUUAUUGAACAAUGAAGAUGAGAGGCCGAAAACACCAGAAGAGCCACAAAUCAUAUUCAGACAUGAUGCAACCGAAGAAUAUAAUUUAAAUAUGAGAUAUGGACGUAGAAGCAAGCUCGAGUUAUUAUGGCGUUUAGGUGCUUUAGAAAAUCGUCGUUUAAAUAGACCUACCGUGCCAUGGGAACCUGUUGAACGACCUUAUAGUAAAGAUAAGGGUAAUUUUAAAAACAUUGGUUGGGUCUUUAGACUUUUCUCCGGUAAUCCUUCACAAGAGGAAAACAAAAAGGAGGCCUCCUCUAUACGUGCUUUCAACCGUUUAAUGGCCAUUCAAUCUUCAUUGGACAGUUUGGAUGAAAAUAUCGCGAGGAAAACUUUCAAUCACAACAAGCUGUUCAUCUACAAUGAGCAGCCCAUGAAUCAACUCAGAUAUGAACAUUGGACCAAUCAUUACGAAAUUAGAGCUGCUAUCGAUAGAUUAGAGGAAAAAGCAAAGAUCAUUUUGGAAGACUCACAAAAGAGGCUCGCACCGCAGAUCACCACCACAUCCACUCCAUCUUCUUUAGACCCAUCUUCAGAGCGGCAUCCACAAGGCGCAGUGGCAUUCGACUCGACCAUGUUGUCAACUGCGUCGCACUCUUCUGCCACAACGUCUGAAAAAGAUGAGUUAGGCCCAUUAUCAAAGAAUGUCACCAUCCUCACUUUAGCCAAUUAUUUCACAGGCGAAGAAAAAUACGGCCGAGCGGCUGCUAAUCUCAUUCGAGUCAACUUUCUCAACGAAUAUGCUGUAGAAGACGAAGAUGAAUACAAUUCUGCCCGUCGUAUACCUGAUGACAGUCAUCUACUGGACUUUUUGUCUGAUCAAGGCUAUUAUUUUCCUAGCAUGAGUCGUAUCUCCCAUGUGAUACCGAAAUACAGCCAUAACCGUAUUCUGAAUACCUCCGAUCUCACAAAGACAGAUAUCUCUUCUUUAUUGGAUUGUUUUCGUUUACUGAGACACAUGCAAGCACUCACACAUAAAGAAUAUAUCGAUUUACAAGGUAUGACAGCUGAAUUCUUGGAAUAUCUUGUCACUUCCCCGACCGGUAUCCAUUUGGCUCAAAUGACGGAUCAUCGCGGUGUACUGUAUGAUCUCCAAGUGAUAGCCAUGGCUGCAUUUACAGAUGACGUUCGAUUGUUCUUACGUGUUGCAAAUCGAUGUCGUAUGCGUAUCGGUAAACAGUUCACAGAGGAUGGCGCUCAGCCUUACGAAGCCAGUUCAACACGGGGUCGUAUUUUAUUGUUAUCAGCUAGCGCUGAUAUCGAUGGAAAAACAGAAUGGAAAGCCUUGUUGCAUUAUGAGACUCUUAAUUUACAAUACUGGACACUAUUGGCGCGUGGUAUUCAGAAUGCUGGCAUAGCUAAGGAUAUCUGGCAUUACGCAGCCGCAAACCGUGGCCAAAUCUCUCAUUCUGUUGUACAACACCUCAAGAAAUACUCGGAAUCCUUGCCUAAGCUCACUGCAGGAGAUGCAGCUUUUGUUAAAUCACGGCUACAACCCUUAGCCUACAUGGCUCAGGAAGCAUUCAGCUACAGUCACUAUGCCAAUACACCUGUAGACAGUUCUGUAAGAGCAAGAACAGAAGCCAAUCGCCUCUGGAUGGUAGAACAUAUGACAGAUUUUGGUGAGAGAUGGGACAGCAAUGGUGGAGAAGAAUUGGACUUUAAUAUGUUUGACAUUGAACAGGAUAUUGCCAAGUUGAUGUAUGAUGAUGAAGCGAAAGGUCGAUUAGGAAUACCGCCUUUUUGGAUGUUGACUUCAAUCUCAUAGACACAAAUACACAUGCACACACGCACACACACACACACACACAUACACACACACACACACACACACGCACAUACACACUUACACACACACACACACACACGCACAUACACACUUACACACACAC